AUGCCAUCCAAUAGUACAGAUAACCGUCUCUUAUCUGAAGCAGCCUCUGACUUCAUUUCAAGGAGAUCUUCAUCUACACCAGACCAAGAGCAGCCCGCUCCCAGAUUAGUAAACUCAUUCAACCGCGCUCAUGAUCCGUAUUCAGUGGGCAUUACGAAUUUCAUGCUCAAAAUGCCUACCCCAAAUAAUUGUCCCAAUAUCUCAGAAACCUGCUGUAUUAAUAACAAUGAGUGGAAAAAUGAUCCAAGCAUUUCUGUCUCAGGGCCAGUCAAUCGCUAUCACCAUGAUAUCUGCUCUUGCCUUGGGUAUGCGAUUCCAGCAGACUGGCCACCUCGACUUGACUGCCUGCUGGAAGCAGCCCAGCUGCCAUGUUUCGACAUGUUAGCACAUUCUUGGAAUCCGGCUGAUUGCUCAGAAAACAUUUCGUUGAGGCCGGAAGAUCCUUUCACUUUUUACCGGCAACCUGCUGCCCAAUGCUCAGAUGGGAUCCGUGGUAAGAUGGGAUACUCACGAGGGAUUCAUCUGUGGCGGAUAUUAUGGAACCCAAUUGAACGUGGAACGCAUGCUGUUAUAGGUGAGUAG